AUUUAGAUAUUUCUUUCGUCUCCUUUACUUAUCUCAAGCAGACCGGAUAAGCCGGAUGGGAGAAACCUCGAAUGGAGGCCCUCCUGUGAUGGCAGGGAAAGAUGGGAAGCUAGAGUCAAAAGGUGGAGACGUUAUUCGGCAGGGAUUCAUGAUAAAACGUUCGCAGAACAAGAAGCGCUUUACCCCAGUCAAUUACAAGCAACGAUGGUUUAUUCUGACCAAACAUUAUCUCAUCUACUACGACGGAGAUGGUGAGCGCCGCAAGGAACGCGGACGGAUCGCUGUGGAGAACGUCCACGUGGUGGAGACGGCCAGCCUCGGGAAUGGUGGAAGUGCUGUCAGUGAUGUGGCGGGCGGCGGCGGCGGCGGCGGCGGCGACGCCGCCGGCGGAGGCGGCGGAAUACCAUCCGGACUGCCUUUCCAGGUGGGAUAUCGGGAAGCUGGUCAAGAGUACACACUCUACCUCCUCGCCGCUCGCGAACAGGAUCGCGCCGAAUGGAUACGCGCUAUACGCGCUGUGUGCAGUGAGAAUUCGGGCUUGAGCGGGCGUUAUCACGCGGGCCUAUGGAGCGGAAAACGUUGGUCCUGCUGCCGAUUAUCAACACGCUCCGCCGAAGGUUGCGACACUUGCAGCUCCUGGUCCUCGAAGCCAACUACGAACGCUACAAAUCCGUCCUCGACGACAAUGUCAGCCUCGACAACAUCGACAACGUCCGUGCCCGGCAGCAAUAUCAUUAACAAUACCAUUUCAACGACUAUCAUCACGUCCGAUCAUCGUUCACAAUCCAACGCCGAAGCGAAUAACAAUCCAAUCAUCCAAUCGCAGACCCGCUCAACUAUCGGAACGCCUUCGACUCCGAUAAUGCCAGGUGGUACACCCGGCACACCAUCCUCUAAAGCAAAGGAAAAGAUAAUGUUGCGGGCGAAAGUUGUGGUGGCUCUGUAUCCUUUUCGAGCCAUCGAAGGUGGCGAUUUGUCUCUUGAAAAG